AUGAGGAGCAGCGGAGAAGGCGAGAGGGCGAUCCUUGGCCUCGAAUUCUGGAUCAUCGUCGUCGGGAUCGGUGGUGUCGAGGUUGAGACAAGCGCAUCGCUCAAGGGAGGUGAAGAAGGCCGAGACGACGGAGGAGCUAACCCAUGUGGCCACCUGAUCGAGCUUCACUCGAGAAAUCACGCUCAAGCCGCCGUUGUUUCCGUUCUCCAUCGAUGCCGUUCGAUCUCGGAAUCUCUCAAUUCCUCAGCUCAGAUCGGAGGAGUUGAGGAGAAUUGA